AUGUCUUGGGUGAGAGCCCCGGGCAGGAAGGAGGGCGCUCGGUUCUGGGGCCUCUCGGGCUUCCCCGGGAAUGGUUUGCUCAAGAAGAAGACGCUGGUGGCCGGCCAGGGUGUGGACAGCCGUCCCCAAAAGGGCCAGGACGUGACAAUCCGCCUGAAGGCCACGCUGGAGGAUGGCACCGUGGUGGAAGAGGAUCCUGCUCUCACCUUCACGCUGGGGGACUGUGACGUCCUGCAGGCUCUGGAUCUGUGUGUGCAGCUCCUGGAGAUGGGGGAGACAGCUUUGAUCGUGUCAGAUGCCAAGUAUUGCUAUGGAGCUCAGGGCAGCGGGAAGGAGAAGAUCCAGCUGGCCAACCGCAAACGGGAGCGCGGCAACUUCUUCUACCAGCAGGCAGAUUACGUGCUGGCCAUCAACUCCUACGACAUUGCCCUCAGGAUCGUGGGCUCCAGCUCCAAAGUGGAUUUCAGCCCAGAUGAGGAGGCCGAGCUGCUGGAUGUGAAGGUGAAGUGUCUCAACAACCUGGCGGCCUCGCAGCUGAAGUUGGACCAUUUCAAGGCAGCUCUCAAGUCCUGUAACCAAGUGCUGGAGCACCAGCCAGGGAACAUCAAGGCUCUGUUCCGAAAGGGAAAGGUGCUGGCUCAGCAGGGGGAAUACAGAGAGGCCAUUCCCAUCCUGAAGGCAGCGUUGAAGCUGGAGCCUUCAAACAAGUGUCAGGUCCGAUCGCUGUCCUCUGUCGCCGCUGCAGGCACCGGCACCGAGGCGGCGGCGGCGGCGGACGCGGCUCAGCUGGACACGGCGGAGGAUUUCGAGGUGCUGGAGGAGGAAGGGGAGGAGGAUGAGGAUGACCUGAGCGAGCUGCCCCCGCUGGAGGACGUGGGCCGGCCGCCGGCCCCGCCGCGGCAGGACGCGGAGCAGGGAGCGGGGGACGCGGCCGGGGACCCGCAGGAGUGGCUCGAUGUCUUGGGGAAUGGUUUGCUCAAGAAGAAGACGCUGGUGGCCGGCCAGGGUGUGGACAGCCGUCCCCAAAAGGGCCAGGACGUGACAAUCCGCCUGAAGGCCACGCUGGAGGAUGGCACCGUGGUGGAAGAGGAUCCUGCUCUCACCUUCACGCUGGGGGACUGUGACGUCCUGCAGGCUCUGGAUCUGUGUGUGCAGCUCCUGGAGAUGGGGGAGACAGCUUUGAUCGUGUCAGAUGCCAAGUAUUGCUAUGGAGCUCAGGGCAGGAGCCCUGACAUCCCCCCCAACGCGUCCCUGACGCUGGAGGUGGAGCUGCUGGCAGCUCAGGAUGCUCCAGACCUGGAGCUGCUCAGCGGGAAGGAGAAGAUCCAGCUGGCCAACCGCAAACGGGAGCGCGGCAACUUCUUCUACCAGCAGGCAGAUUACGUGCUGGCCAUCAACUCCUACGACAUUGCCCUCAGGAUCGUGGGCUCCAGCUCCAAAGUGGAUUUCAGCCCAGAUGAGGAGGCCGAGCUGCUGGAUGUGAAGGUGAAGUGUCUCAACAACCUGGCGGCCUCGCAGCUGAAGUUGGACCAUUUCAAGGCAGCUCUCAAGUCCUGUAACCAAGUGCUGGAGCACCAGCCAGGGAACAUCAAGGCUCUGUUCCGAAAGGGAAAGGUGCUGGCUCAGCAGGGGGAAUACAGAGAGGCCAUUCCCAUCCUGAAGGCAGCGUUGAAGCUGGAGCCUUCAAACAAGACCAUCCACGCUGAGCUCUCCAAGCUGGUGAAGAAGCACGCGGACCAGAGGAACGUGGAGACCGAGAUGUACAGGAAGAUGCUCGGGAAUCCCAGCGCCGCCAGCACCUCCGGGAAGUGCAAAGACAAACUGCCCUGGUCCAUCCCCUGGAAGUGGCUCUUUGGCGCGACAGCCAUCGCGCUGGGCGGCGUGGCCUUGUCCGUGGUCAUCGCGGCCAGGAACUGAGGGUGGCACCGGGGUGGCCCCUUGGCACGGGAGCAGCGCUGGCUCCUGCCUGUCUCUGCCCAGGGGCUGCCCCGAGGCUCUGCUGCCCCUUCCCUCGGACUCACAGCUCCAGGAGCACGGAUGCUUUCUCUGCCAGAGGUGCCGGAUCUCUCUCCCGAUGUUCCCCACAUCCCUCCUGGCACGGGCGGGUGCAGCUGUGGGGAGGGAGCUGCUGGCAGAGCAGGGACCCCCGGGCAGCCUCCUGGCAAUCAGGGGCUCAGCCCCCAGCCCCGAGUGUGCCAGGGGCAGCGGGAGGUGCCACACACCGGUACAGACUGGCCGUGCCCGUGCCGGGUGUUGGGAUGGGAUGGGCAGGGGGAAGCAGGGAGAAGAAAGCUGUGGGAAGCAAUGUGGGUGUGCCCAGGGGUAGAUGCAGCGACAUUCCCUGAUUCCUGGGGGGCUGCCAGGGACUCAGCCCUCCUGGAGGCACCCGCUGCCCUCCUCUGCGCAUCCCUGGAGCGUGCAAUGUCCAAAGGAAGCCAAAGAAACCCGUGGUGGGAGGGAUGGAGGAGGGGAGCACUGGAGACCCCCUGUCCAGGCUGUCUUCCUGUGGGUCCAAACCCGUUGGGGGUCCCUCCCUGCCCUGCCAGCCCCCCCAGCGCCCACCGCUGCCCAGCUCUGCUCAUGGGGGUUGUAGCACUGUCCUUGCACCCCAAACUGACUGUGAACUUCCCAAAUAAAGGACAAUUCCUUCA